AUGGAUCAUCGAGGUUGGUGUGUUGGUAGAGCGGCCACCAUUGGCGUUUGUGGUGUGAUUGUGCUUGUGUUCCUGCUGGGCACGUCCCGUCCGGUCGAUGGUCUGCGAUGCCGCACAGGUGAAGGUCCAAGUACGGAGGAUGUGAAGCGAAUUGUACGGACGUGCCUGAACAAGGUAACGAACACCAGCUCGGAUAAUCGGACUAGUGACGAGUACCCGAACUAUGAUUCAUCGGCAUCAGACGAAUCGAACGAGGAAACGGGCUACGAUGAUGGUAGACAGGGUCCAAGCAACAGACAAGGAACGGCCAAACAGUCUUACUACGAACGUCGUUACGAUGGAAACGACCGAGGUAAUGGGCGAAUGAACCGUCCGGAGGAAAGCGGCAGACGGCAGCAGAUGGAUCGAAGAGACCAACGUAAUGGAGAUGAUCGUCACGGACGUUCGAGAAUGGGAGAUCGCGGAAGGGAACGAAAUGACGAGGAGCAACAGAUGAUGCUCGACUACGGAAGAAGUUACCGACGACGCAAACGGCAGUACUACGGAGGUCAAGGCACCUCUUCCAGCGCGGGUGGUGAGCAUACCAGUUACGGACGCCCACCUCCACAGUAUGGCGAGACGGUCAACGGUAAUGGAUCACGCGGCGGGAACUCUUCAACGAUCGAGCGCGAUCGGGCGUGUCUGAUGCAGUGUUUCUUCGAAGAGCUGAAAGCCACCAAUGCGGAAGGUUUCCCCGAGAAGCACAAGGUAUUGCACGUCAUCACGAAGGACAUCCGCGAGCACGAGCUGCGCGAGUUUUACACCGACUCGAUACAGGAGUGCUUCCACAUGCUGGCGCUGGACAAUCGGCUGAAGGAUAAGUGUGACUACUCGAUGCGCUUUGUGACGUGCUUGAGCGAUCGGUUCGAGUCCAACUGUGACGAUUGGGACAGUGUGACGUCCGCCAUGUUUUAG